AUGAAUAGUCACUCGAUCAUGGCGGUGCCGUCGGUGUUCGCCGCCUUCGACGAGGACGGCGACGGCAAGGUGUCCGCCUCCGAGCUGCGGCGCUGCAUGGAGGCCACGCUGGGCGACGGCGUGUCCGAGAAGGAGGCGGCCGCGGUCCUCGCGGCGGUGGACGCGGACGGCGAUGGGCUGCUAAACCAAGAAGAGUUCUCGAGGCUGACAGCCGGCGCCGGCAUCCAUGAAGAGGAGGACGAUGCAGACCCGAAGCGAAGGUGCCUGAGGGAGGCGUUCGGGAUGUACGCGUCGUCGCCCACGGAAGACACGAUUACGCCGGCGAGCCUGAGGCGGACGCUGAGCAGGCUGGGGUCGCACGAGCUGGGCGUGGAGGAGUGCCAGGCAAUGAUCUGCAGGUUCGACCUCGAUGGCGAUGGCAAACUCUCGUUCGACGAGUUCCGGGUCAUGAUGAUGGCAUGA